GACUCCAGUCUGUGUUAUUAUCACCGGAGGGGGAAUUUUCCGUCGGCUGAUGAAAGCUUAACACUAGAAUGUUCUGCGCAUGCUCCGUGUACGCGUGUUUUGGUGUCAAGCGGCGCUACUAAGCUAGCCGGCCAGCUAGCAAUUUUGCAAGUCAUGGUGGGCCAAACAGCGAAGGGAGGCUGUACAAUGUUAUACCGGGCAGCAGUGUGGAGCUUUUAAUGUAACCGGGCAAGCCUAUCCGUCUUAGGUGAUAGUGGCCUUGUGGGCAUGAAGACACAGUUGCUAAAUCUUCAUGCGAAUGGGAGGAUGAAAACCUUAUGAAGAAGUAACCCCACCGGCUGGACUCUUGAGAAGUGGAAAGCCCGGCUUGGAUCUUGCAUCUAAACGCACCUAAUCCUGUUCAAGACCCUUUCCCCUCUUUUAAUCACUUUUUUAUGUUCAUGUUUCAGUUUCUGUCUCUUAGUGUUAGCACAGAGUUGUCGAUCGAAGGUACUUUGCCCCGUUUUUGUUUUUAUCCUUUACUUUUACUUUUUGUUCCUUUGUAAAGAAAUGCUUUACCUGAAAAAGUACUUCACAGAGGGCCUGAUUCAGUUCACCAUCCUUCUGAGUCUCAUUGGGGUGCGGGUGGACGUUGACAGCUAUCUAAACAAUCAGCUGCCCCCAUUAAGAGAGAUCAUCCUGGGGCCUAGCUCAGCCUACACCCAGACACAGUUUCACAACCUGCGCAACACGCUGGACGGCUAUGGAAUCCAUCCAAAGAGUGUGGACCUCGACCAUUUUUUCACCACAAGACGGUUGCUGAAUCAGGUGCGCCAGUUGGAUCGCCUCUUCGUGCCCAGCACCGAGCUCAACACCUGGCUUGUGCACCGGGACUCUGAGACCGUGGUGUCUGCCAGCAGCCAGACCAGCUCCAGCAUCACCCUGGACAAUGGGGCCGGCCUAGAGGACGUUAACAACAUCGACGCUACCCCGGCCAUGAGGGGAGGAGGUGGAGCAACUGAAUCCACGUACAACUUGAACGCAGCGGACAGCAGCCUGGGAGCCGUGGCCCCCGAGGGCAACCAGGAGCAGGGCAACAGGGAGGGCAAUGACGACCUCACUAAAGAGGACAUUGACCUGAUUGACAUCCUAUGGCGACAGGACAUCGACCUUGGUGCGGGAAGAGAGGUGUUCAACUACAGCAACCGUCAGAAGGAGAGCGAGGAGGACAAGCCCAGCCCCCAGGAGAGCAAAGACGGCAACGAGGAACAGGAAAGCUGGAGAAAUGGCGUGAACCUACAGGGUGCUCAGCCAGUCGACGGAGAGACCGGGGAGAGCAUUCCCGAGCAGCUGCCCGGUCUUGGCUCCCAGACUUCUCUGUCUCUACAGGAAUGCUUGAGGCUGUUGGAGGCCACAUUCCCCUUUGGAGAAGAGGCUGAGUUCCCAGCGCCCGUUGUUACAGCGGAAAUACAAAUUUCCAAUGAAGAAGUCCCCUCCACCUCUCAGGGCCUCCCCCUGGCGCCCCAGCUGCCCCCGGCAGAGCCUCAGUUAGACCUGGAGCAGCAGUGGCAGGACAUCAUGGCCAUCAUGGAGCUACAGGCAAUGGAGGUGAACAACUCUUCGGUCCCGAGCGACUCCGGCAGCGAGAGCGCCCCCGACGGGACGCCCGACUCCAACGCAGGAGGAGGCUUCGGACUCCCCGCCCACUCCACGCCCAUCAACCAGGAUGUCAGCCUGCACCAGGCCUCCCUCCCCAGCUGCAGCCAGGACUUCCCCCAGAUUUUCACCCCCCAGCUGGAGCCUGUCAGCGCCCCCCCGAGGACCGGCAUGCUCACGCUGUCCUCCAGCAACUCCACCAACAUCAACUCCACUUUCGGAGCCACGAACCUGACGGGGAUCUUCCUGCCGCCGCACGCCAACAGCUCCAGCAACAACAACGAUAACAACGUCACCUCCACGCCGGUGCUCCCGGACCCCUUCACCUCCCUACUGGAGGAGUCCAUGCUGGACGAAAUCAGCCUGAUGGACCUGGCCAUGGAGGAGGGCUUCAGCCAGGCGCAGGCGUCCCAGUUGGAGGACGAGCUGGACUCGGAUUCGGGUCUGUCCCUGGACUCCAGCCACAGCCCGGCCUCGCCCAGCAGCUCCGAGACCUCCUGCUCCUCCGCGGCCUCCUCCUCCUCCACCUCCGCCACCUUCUCGGAGGAGGGCGCCGUGGGCUACAGCACUGACUCAGAGGCGGCGGCCGCGGAGGCGGAGGAGGGCGCCGUGGGCGGGUACCAGCCCGAGUACAGCAAGCUCUGCCGGAUGAGCUACCAGGACCCCUCGCAGUUCCACGGCCUGCCCCAGCUGGACGGCGUCAGCCACAACCACACCUACAACCUGCCGCUGGCCUCCGGCCUGCCCGAGCGCGCCGAGCUGCCCGCGCCCGGCGGGAAGAAGACGCCCCGGGACAAACACGGCUCCAAGCUGCAGCCCGCCCAGGACCUGCUGGACAAGCACGCCAGCAGGGACGAGCGGCGGGCGAGGGCCAUGAAGAUCCCCUUCUCCAACGAGAAGAUCAUCAACCUGCCCGUGGAGGAGUUCAACGAGCUGCUGGCCAAGCACCACCUGAGCGAGGCGCAGCUCGCCCUCAUCCGAGACAUCCGGCGGCGCGGCAAGAACAAGAUGGCCGCCCAGAACUGCCGCAAGCGCAAGCUGGACGCCAUCAUCAACCUGGAGCAGGGCGUGCAGGACCUGCGGCGCGACAAGGCCCGCCUGCUGAAGGAGAAGAUGGAGUUCAUCCGCUCGCUGCGGCAGAUGAAGCAGAAGAUGCAGAGCCUGUACCAGGAGGUGUUCGCCCAGCUGCGGGACGAGGAGGGCCGGCCCUACCCCCCCAGCCAGUACUCGCUGCAGUACAGCGCCGACGGCAGCGUGCUGCUCAUGCCGCGGGGCGUGGCGGCCGCCGAGCAGAACCGCAAGCCCGAGAAGAAGCAAAAGGACAAAAAGAAGUGAGGGGCGGGCCGGCUGCCGUUAUUCUAUCACUUUGCUAAAUCGGUAAAGAUUUCUGCAGAUGCAAAAAGAGAUGUCCCUUUUUCCUUUUAAGAAGAUUCUGGUGAGUAGAAAAAUGGCACUGACUACUUCUUCUGCGUUAGUUUCUCCCUUUUUCUCUCUACAUUUUCUCCCCUUGAAACAACUUUGAAGCAGAGGUAGCUCCUCCGAGUUCUGAUGUUUCACUAUUUAGACGAGGAGAAGAAGAGGGAUAUGAAAGGACACCAAAAGAGCUUUUAGAAAAAGAAAAGAAAAAAAAAGUUAGCUGUUCUCGAUCCUUUUGCAUCAAACCACUGAGGGUGGAGGUUUGUAGGGUAAAAGAAGGGACUGGCAUGGUGAAGCAGGGGUAAACAAACACUGGCGACGGGAUUGGUUGGAGUACCUAUGCACCGGGGUUAAACGACCAUCAGAUCACAUCUCACCCUGGAGACUUUCAGUGUUUCUGUUUGUUCUUUUUUUGUUUUUCUUGGGUCACCGAGGCGUCUUGAUUUCCAAUUUUCUGGCUGAGAAAAACACCUGGAAGUUUUGAGAGUUUAGAUACCAAAGGAUAAAGGAAGUCCGUUUUUUUAGGAUGCCAUAUGGGUGCGCAUCCCAAAAACUCUGCAGGUUUGUGCUGCAAAUUCUACUUUCUGAGUCGGAGUGUCGGUGGCGUCUGAGUGCAAAAGGCUGGACAUAAGUCAGGUUUGAUGGAAGUCGGGUGUUGGGAUGAGAGGAGUGAGGGCGGGCUGGCCUAAAGGGGCCUGGAGAGGAAGCCCAGCCAGAGGAGCAGAGGCAUAUUCUUUGUGAGGAGGCGCGUUGCAUUGCAAAAUGUAUCGACUUCCCUAUAAAUUAUACAUAGCACUGUAAUUUGUCUUUUAAGAGGCUUGGCUGUUUGCAUUUUGCUGUGUCUGUUGCUAUCCUUUCGCUGCAGGUUUAAAUGCGGGAGCUGCGAUUAGGGAGGCUCUUAUUAACUCUUCAUAUUCUGUAGUAUAAGCAAAAGUCAGAAGUCUAGCCACAUCAGCUUCACAUACGAGUCCACUCCUUCUUUGUUCGUAGGGAACAGCGUGGAGUCACAAGAGAAAUCAGGCAAACUGUGACGGGCCGGAGCUCUGGAGAGUUCUGAAUGGUUUCAGCUCGGUCCAGCUAUCAGCCCGGUCGCUUUUAUCCGGUCAUUGGUUAGUUUAGCUACCCUGGAUGCCCCGUUUACGCGUUAACACGACGCAGGCUGCAGUGUAGACAGCAAAAUCUCUUUAAAGUAACUCAUUUGCCAACUUUACCUUAAAGAAAGCCAUUUGAGGUAAUUUUUAACCUGCUGUGAAGCCGAGGGGUUUUGGCUUUAAGUCCUGCCUUUUGGAGCGUUUGUGUUGACAAAGUGAGCCACGUUGUUACUUGAGAUGCGAGUUAUGCGAACGUGUGGAACGGCGGUGUGUGUUGUGGCCGCUUUGAGUUGAAUGCCUUUAUUUAAAAUCCCAUCAACUUCACUUUAAAAAGGUUUUGAGAACCGAAGAGGAGCGUUCUCAAAGUAGAAGUGCUAUUACUCGUCUAUAUGAAUGAAGUUUGUCGGUGCGUGUGUUGCAUCACCCGUUUAAAAAAAGAAGAAGAAACUCAUCCUAAAAUAGGUCUGUUGUUGCAGCUGAGGUAGCGGUUAGGCUAGAAUAUUUACAAGAGGCUGAGCAGCAAUCGCAACGUUACGACCACGUCCAAAAAACCCUGUUUUGAAAUGAGAAUUGUCCUCAUUAAAUGUGAUAUUCAGGCAUGAAACUCUGAUUAGCAUCACAUCCGUGGAACCCAGUGCAACACCAGUUAUUAAGCACUGCUACUACUUAGUGCACUUUUUUUGUCUGUCUUGUUAUGUAAAUAUUUUCAUGUUUGUGUUUGUUAUGAUUUCCGUAGUUUGUCAACAUGUCUCCAUAACAGUCUCACCCUCUGCUUUGAGUUUGGAUGUAGUUCCCUGUUUUGAGAUAUUUGCUGGCAAUCAAGAAUUGUUUUUAUUGAUUAAUAAAGUGUUUUUAUUUUCACCUGUGA